AUGUUUGUUAACCAUGUUAAGAAAACAGCCUAUUCGGGUGUAAACGUUUACGAAUGCAAUAUCAAUGGCAAUUUUUUAAUGAAACGAUGUCAUGAUCAAUGGAUGAAUGCUACUCAAAUUUUAAAAAUCGCUGAACUAGACAAGCCCAGACGGACUAGGAUUUUGGAAAAAUUCGCCCAAAAAGGCUUACAUGAAAAAGUACAGGGAGGUUGUGGGAAAUAUCAAGGUACAUGGGUUCCUCUGGAUAGAGCCAUUGAACUUGCCCAGGAAUACGAUGUAUAUUCCAUAAUAAGUUCUCUACUGGAAUAUAGUGAGACGCAAAUGAAUUCGGUCCAUUUAUAUACACCUCAAAGCAUGCAGAAACCGUCUAAUAAAUUGUCAUCCUCCUACCCUUCUAAUAAUGAAUUCUGCGUCUCACAGCCAUCUUCGGAACCAUAUCCUUCGCAAGAACUAUCCUCUGCUCCUAGAAUGCAUGACUUAUCAAAUUCUUUAAGCCUUCAAGCAAAUGUUUCUCAAAAUUCCUUUCUCUCCUCUGUAGACCUGAACGAUGCUCUCGGCUUCAAGGAAGUGGUUCCCAAAUCAAAGCAUUACUCUCAAGCCCUAUUGGAUUAUUUUUUGCUUUCUAAUAAUACCCAACCUCCAGAUUUCGUUUAUGAUCGACCGGCCGAUUGGGAUGUUAACGCUAGUAUUGAUGAAGAUGGCCAUACAGCGUUACAUUGGGCAGCUGCUAUGGGAAAUCUGGAGAUGAUGCAUGCCCUCUUACAGGCUGAAGCUAGCGUUGUGUCCGUCAAUUACUUACAGCAGACGUCCUUAAUGCGGUGUGUUAUGUUUACAAUGAACUAUGAUCUCCAAACUUUUGAGCUUGUAUCAGAGCUUUUGCAAUCCGCUCUUUGUAUGACAGAUAGUUUUGGUCAGACUGUUUUUCACCACGUAGCACUUUUGGCUUCCUCGAAAUCCAAGAUGGAAGCAGCCCGCUACUACAUGGAUAUUUUACUUCAAAAUUUGACAUCAACACAAUCUGUUGAAGUUGCAACGCAAAUACUAAACGUGCAAGAUGAUCGCGGAGAUACGGUUUUGCUUAUCUGUGCUAGAAAUGGUGCUAAAAGAUGUGCAAGGUUGCUCCUAGCUUUUUAUGCUUGUGCAACGAUUCCAAAUAACCAAGGCCAAUAUCCUUCUGACUUUCUAACAUCCGAAGAGAUGGAGUUUCCUUCGCAACAAGAAACUUCAAAAGGAUUUUUCGACGAUAUUACGGCAGAAGGAGCCUUACGGUCUUUAACAAAUAAACAUCCUUCUUUUUUGAAAAACUCGUUGAUGAAGAAUGCCUUGCCAAACGUUUUAUCAAGGAUUAAAGAACUGACCAAAUAUCAUGAAAGUUCUCUUUCUGCUAAGCAGACCACAUUUAGUUUGGCGACAGAGGUAUUAGAACAAACUGUUCGCGAAAGUGAAACAAGUCAAAGACUUUGGAAUGAGGCUAGUAAUAGUCAGCCAAAUUAUCUCUCAAAUCAAAGAAUGGAGUUGAAAAGUACCUUGUUGCGUUUACUCAAGUUGAUGAGGGAUGCAACUAACCAAAUUGAAACUUUUCAGGCACUUCAAUUAAGUAAGUAUGUUUCCUAUUUCUCUCAUAUUUGGGGGGAGAAUGAUGAACUUGAUUUAGUUGGGAGCCAUAAGAUUUCUAAAGUCUCAUCAGCGUCUCGUAUGGAUUUAGAGUAUGAUCAUUUUGAACACGAGAAACAAAGGAAUGAGCUUGGAAAUCAACUUGCUGUAUUGCAAAAAAAAAGAAAAGAAAAGAUUAUGGAAAUUUUGGAUAUGAUUUCGUUGGAUACAUUGAGUUCUUCUAAAACCAGGUAA